UGAUAGGCAAAGCCCCUCCUGGCAUUUGUCAACAUUGUAUGAAUUGUACGUACAUACUAUUACUUAUUAGGGAGUUCAUAAUUCAUUGUCGUCUGGCAUCUACGUUCUUUAAUCAAUUUGUGGCUUUGUGCGAUUCUAGAUUAUUCGUUCUCGAUCUAUUUUAGCAAGUUAAUGCCAUUGAAAUAUGGCCAUGUGGACGACGUUUACGAAUACAGGAACUUCGGAUCCAAGUCGAGAAUCUGGCUUAGGAAGUGAUUCUGAUAACAUGGCUGAAUUGGCGCAGCUUUUACAAGCUGAUAUACCCGAGGGUCGUAACAGUUUGACUGACAGUCAUGUAAAUUUAGAGCGUGUUGCUGAAUAUUGUGAAGGAAACUAUUUUCAAGCUGAAAAUAAACGAUUGGCUUUAGAAGAAACAAAAAACUAUACUACCCAGUCAUUAGCUAGUGUUGCAUAUCAAAUAAAUACGCUUGCUUAUAACUUUUUGCAAUUAUUGGAUCUUCAAACAGUUCAACUAUCUGAAAUGGAUAGUCAAAUCAACCACAUUGCUCAAAAUGUAAUGAUUCAUAAAGAAAAAGUUGCGAGACGAGAAAUUGGUGUAUUGACAGCAAAUAAAACAACCAACCGUCAAUAUAAAAUCAUUGCCCCUGCUAAUCCAGAAAAGCCUAUUAAAUAUGUUAGGAAACCAAUUGAUUUUACAGCACUUGAUGAUAUUGGCCAUGGUGUUCGUAAUACUCCCCGUAUGGUCCGUCAACCAAUUUCAAACAGUUCCAGUGCUUCAACUAAUAUGUCAUCUGUUGGUCCUGCUCCUACAAUCAAACCACCUACUCCUCCAGCAGUCAUACGAGCAACUGGAUCAUUGAGUAAAGGGUCUCGUGAAUAUCGUACUCCUCCUGCUGUUGCUCCACCACAAGUUCCCAGUCAUUAUGCUCCUAAUUAUCCACUAGGCCAUGUCAGACGUGAAAAAGGACCUGGUUAUAAUACUCUUCCUUUACAUCACACAUCCUCAUCUAGUAGCAUACAACAAUCUCCAAUCAUUGGCAUGGUGCAUCCUAUGCAGCAGUCGGAACAACCAUCAUCUUUGAACUCCAUGCCUCCUCCACCGUCUCCUCAUACAUUAAACUCAAGAAUGGGAGUUGGACCAGAUUUGUUGGAUCAUCAUCUCCAUCAGGCUCCUUUUUCAUCAAACACUGACCAUUACCGUUCAAAUACUUCUCAACAGUCAUCUACAGACCAUUAUCGCUCAAACAUAUCUCAACAAUCUUCUACAGAUCAUUAUCGCUCUAAUACAUCACAAAUAUCAUCUACUGAUCAUUAUCGUUCAAAUUUAUCCCAACAAUCAUCCACCGAUCAUUAUCGUUCAAACAUCCCUCAACAGCCAUCUACUGAUCAUUAUCGUUCUAACAUUCCUCAGCUAACAACUACUGACCACUAUCGGGCAAAUACUUCACAGUUACCUGGUAUCUUAAAAAACUCAUCACAAUAUCAUUCUUCAUCUGCAGUAGUCACUUCCCCUCCACCGCAACAUACCAGACAAGCAUCAGCUUCUCCGCCAUUACCACCACCUCCAGAAGAUCAUUUUGGACAUAUUGCUGCUGGCCCAAUUGUACCCCAAGAACCUGAUCUUCCUGGAUGGGUUCCUAAGAAUUAUUUGGAGAAGGUAAUUGCAAUUUAUGAUUAUUAUGCUGAUAAAGACGACGAAUUAAGUUUUCAAGAAAAUUCAGUUAUUUAUGUCUUAAAGAAAAAUGAUGAUGGUUGGUGGGAAGGUGUAAUGGACGGCAUUACAGGCUUAUUCCCAGGAAAUUAUGUUGAAGGCUGUAAAUAAAGCAUAUAUUUACAUUUUACUUUUAUA